CACGUGUCACUCGUCUGGUGUUGAAGUUCACGCCUGACUGCCAUCGUGCACCUGCGUGCUAUGCGACACUGUAACCUUGGCGACCGCUGCGUUCGUCUGAGGCGUCGUAUCUCCUGCCGCGUGGCGUUUUCGCCUCCAGGUUUUUUUCUGCAGACGGUGGCCGAGACUCAGAGCUUUGUUUCACUUUCAGACACAUUUUCCGAGUUCUCCAUCUUUUGGACGUGCGGUGGGCGUCUCCUCGGAUGGACGGCUGCAGCUCGUCCUUGGCGGCGUCUCUGUUGCCACCUUUAGUCAGCUGGCAGCGUCAGAAGUAACAUCACAGCUUCACUGUUGGCCGCUGCCACGCUGCUCUAUGGACCAAUCGUCAUGAGACUCUGCAACCACGCCCUGUCCUCGCUGCUCCCCCUCCUGCAGUCCCCGCCCCGUCCUCUGCUCCACCGCUGCCGUCUGUCAGCGCUCUCGGCCGAUGGCGGCGCAGCGCCACGCAGGCGCCUCGGCACAGAUGGCCCCGCCCCUCAGCCUGUGAUUGGUCAGGACUCGGUGGAGGUGUUGGGCUGCUCUUACCCGCGGGACGACUUCACCAACGUCACUCCGAAGAUCUUGGACAAGGUCGGCCGCAAUCUGCACAACCAAUCCCAUCAUCCUCUGUGGCUGAUCAAAGAGCGAAUCAAAGCUCACUUCUACAGUGCGUACGCCGCUAAGAGGGGAAACCCGCUGUUCUCUGUCCAUGACAACCUGAGCCCCGUGGUCACUGUGGAGCAGAACUUCGACAGGUCAGCAGCCUCAUUGAUUGAUUGA